AUGGCAAAACAACAACAAUCAAAACCCGCCUGGACAACCUCCUCACCGCGAGUUCUGAAUAUUCUUCGCCCACGAAUACUCAUUCCUCUAGGCUGCGCUUUAGCACUGUUGCUGUCAGCAUCUCUACUUGCGGUUCAAUUUGAAAACCAAAGUUACGCUUUGCAACUACAGCUCUUCCGACCGAGCCGAUACUUUGAAAAGGAGUGCUAUGCGCCGAGUGAACCAGCCACGGAUCGCUUACAACAUGUGGCGACCGGGAUCAGCGACGGAGAAUGGCAAUUUAAUUCUAGUCGCGAUGCGAAUAAUUAUGCAUUGAAUUCGGACCAAUGCCUGGCUGCGUUCCCGAAGAUGUUCACCGAGAUUGAUAAAAGUGUUGCGCAGCGGAAAGAGGCCAACAACCCCAUCACAUUCAAGGAGAUUGAUUCAAGAAAACGGCUGGGCCAAGGUAUGGCGAGGGCAAUGAUUUAUAAAGGAGAGCUAUACAUUAUCGAAUACGGCGACAUGAUGUACACGGCAUCACGAGCGAAAUCAACGCUUCAUUCCCUCCACCGCGCCUUAGUCGCUAUGCCCGACCGUGAUUCGCUUCCGUCGAUCGAAUUUCAUUUCUCUACCGACGACUUUGUCUGGGACGACCUCAAAGUAGCAGGCGGUCCGGUAUGGUCCUAUUCCAAACGCGACACCACCGAUAUCGACGAGGAAAAUGUCGAUGAUAGCAACAUAUGGCUGAUGCCUGAUUUCGGAUACUGGGCCUGGCCCGAAGUCGAUAUUGCGCCGUAUCGCGAAACGCGCCGUCGCAUUGCGGCUGUUGAUGCCGAGUUUGAGAGUUUUCAAUCGAAAAAGAAACAAUUACUCUGGAGAGGUAGUUUGAAUACAGCGAUCGACCUGCGAAAUGGGUUGAUAGACGCUACAAAGAACAAAUUCUGGGCUUCCGUUCGAGUGGUGGAUUGGGGCAACAAGAAGAGUGUGGAGGAAAACGUCGUCCCGAUUGAAGACCACUGUCGCUACAUGUUUUUGGCUCAUACUGAAGGACGCUCGUUCUCCGGUCGGGGGAAAUAUUUACUCAACUGCCACUCUGUCUUCAUCACACAUCCUCUUAUCUGGCGUGAAGCUCACCAUGCAGCUUUUGUCUCUUCUGGCCCCGAGGCAAAUUACAUUCAAGUCGCACGAGACUUUUCAAAUCUGGAAUCGAAAGUGGAAUACCUACUUGACAACCCACAAAUCGCGGAGCGCAUUGCCAAUAACUCCGUCGCGACAUUCCGUGAUAGGUACCUCACCCCAGCGGCAGAGGCUUGUUACUGGCGAUAUUUGAUCCGCAAAUACGGCGAAGUCUCUGAUUUCGAGCCGAAACUAUAUGAUGAUCGAACGGGGAAGAUGAGAGGGCAGGCUUAUGAGCACUGGGUUCUUGAACUUUGA